AUGUUUGAGGUCUUCAGUUUACUGUGCUACUCCUGCAAAGAUGUUUUGUCCAACGAGGCGUGCUUCAACAUCAGCAAAUGUCCAUCUGCUGAGCUAUGCUAUGGCAGAGCUGACGGUUUUCUAACAGGGGAUGUUAAACACACUACUGGAUGUACAAAGGAAAUGAAUCCUGUUAAAGCAAAUGGUUCUGGUGCAACCACAUUUUGCAGUCAUGCAUGUCACGAAAACCUCUGCAACUUCGAAGAAUGUGUAAAAGGUUCUGGAAAUCUAAUUAGAGGUCCACGUUGUUUGUCAUGCGACUAUGUUGAAUCCCCAGACGAUUGUACAAAUGUCACUGAAUGUUCUAAGGACGAGGUGCUGGAUACAAUUAAUGAUAAAACGACUGUAUUUUAA